UAAAUCUUCACAACAUUUGAUCCCACCAAAAUGGAUCAUUCAGAAAAUGUUCCAUCUAAUGAUCAAAACGAAAAUGUCACCCUUGUUGCACCAUCACCUUCUUCUUCGUACUUGACAAGAGAUCAAGAGCACGAGAUCAUGGUCUCUGCUCUGCGACAAGUGAUAUCUAACUCCAGAGCUGACGCGUCAUCAUUAAACUUGAUCGCAAGCGAAGGUCUUCCGCCUCCAGACGCUGGCCCUUGUCCUCUCUGUCGCAUCACCGGUUGCGAAGGCUGCACAUUCCAACGGCCGCACCGAGAGAUAGAGAAGGAGAAGAAAUACAAAGGAGUGAGGAAAAAGCCAUCGGGUAAAUGGGCGGCGGAGAUAUGGGAUCCGAGUUUGAAAUCAAGGAGGUGGCUUGGAACGUUUCUAACGGCGGAGAUGGCGGCGCGUUCUUACGAUGAGGCAGCGCGGAGCUUGUCGGGAGGACAUCAGCAAGACGUGGCAAAACGAACGGAGAAGGAAUUAAACGGCGGCGGAGAUGACUGAGAAGGACAUGGACACAUGGUCGGUGAUCAUACACGGCGAGGUGGAAAUAUUUUUUUCACUAAGAUGAAUUACUUUUAUUCUAAAAAUUUUCAUUGUUUUUUGUAUGAAGAUCAGUAAGAUUUUUUCUCUAUGCUAUGUAUUAGACUAUUACUUAUGGUCAGUUAAACGAAGUUCAAAAAUAUGAAUGGAAGAUACAUGAAGAAAUUGAAUUAAUAGAG